AUGGGUUGUCAAUCAUCAAAAGUCAUACAAGUCUGCUUGCCAAUAAUUUUCGAUGAAGUUGAUGAUACCGAUAGCAGGUAUUCAUCCACAGAUUCGCUGUCUGACCGUAAAUUACCCAUUAAUCUUAACUCUUAUACAGAAGAAGAUGAUGAAGUUAUGUAUAUUACUACUAUUAACAACAAAGUCCAAGUCUUGAAAAGAAAAUAAGUGGGUCCCAUUUAGAAUAGAGGUUAAGGAUAGAGAGUUUUGAAAACUUUCCACAGUGGUACCAAUUCACUUAACUUCAGAAAGAAAAUUUCAUUCGUUUAACCACAAGACCUUGACUUGGAGUUUACUAAAGCAGAGACACCUAUCGGAUUUCCUUAGAUUCAAAUCAUAUAGUCUUCAAACGACGAUGAUGAAAACACCUCCAUUAAGUAAAAUUAAGAGGAUAUAUACUUAGAAAUUUCCCCUAGGACCUUUUUUUCAACUACAGACAGUAAUAAUAGCUUCACCGAAGAUUUAUUUGACGAGACUGAAAUUGACAAAAUAAUAAAAGAAGAGAUGAUUCUCAUGAAAGUUAAAACCUAAAGAUUCUGA